ACUACCACUAGUACCCUUUCUUCCCCAAACCCCCUCCCGAUUUCUCGUUUUUGCUCUCCAAUUUCUCGCGAGAAGCCGAAGAGGAAGAGAGCGAGAGAGAGAGAGAGAGAGAGAGAGAGAGGAGAGGAGGAGUUGGUUGAGAUGGAUCUGUUGGAGAAGAAGAACAUUAAGAAGGGGGGAGAAGUGGAGGAGGAGGUGGCGCGCAAGGGAGAGGAGAGGAAGGAGGAAGAGGUGGUGGUGGAGGAGAAGAGCCAUCAGCAGCAGCAGCAGCAAGGGGAGGAGGAGCUCGUCGGCCUCUCGCUCGCCGGCGGCAGGCCCAAAGUAUUUCCAAUGUCGAGCCCUCCACCUAAUCCUUCGCAACUUACAAUUUUCUAUGGUGGAUCAGUAUGUGUUUAUGACUCAGUGCCGCCAGAGAAGGCUCAAGCAAUCAUGCUUAUUGCCGCAGCAGCUGCUGCAGCGGCGUCUGCCACCAAAAGCAAUGCUGCCAUUGCUGUUAAGCCCCCUGUGAUGCCUGCAGCCAAUGCUACCCAAGCAGCAGUCUCUCCUGUGCUCACAAGAUCGCUCUCAUUGCAGAGCACUUCUGUAGCAACUGGACAACCUCAAGUUGCCGCUGACCCUAGCUCAAUUUGCAAGCUCCAGGCUGAUCUCCCCAUUGCCAGGAGGCACUCCCUUCAGCGCUUCCUAGAGAAACGCCGUGACAGCAGGUUGGUGAGCAAAGCUCCAUAUCCCACAAAAUCCUCCGAGGGCAUGGAAGCAUCAGGGAUGGAAGUAACUGCUGAGGGCAAGGCCCAGUAACUGUCAACUUCGAAUGGUGGAGGCUGACGUUUGGAGGGGGAAGGAAGGAAAGGCGUCGCGUUCAUUGUUUAGAUGGUGUCGCACCCUAGAACCUUACUAAUAAUCGAACCUAUGCCCUUAUUAUCGUUGUACUGUUCCUUAUGUGCUAGUCUAUUCUGUCAUGAAUUUGUUUACUCGAACAGCAAACUGCUAUGAUAGUAGUAUAUCAUUGUACAUCAUGCAUAUCAUUGCCUGACAAUGUUAUCGUGUUCGUCUAGUAAUGAUAUCAUCCAGGUUAAUUGUUACUAGUAAAUUUCAGUUUCAGCA